AUGGGAGGAACGACGUUCGAGGCGCGCGAGGACGCGACGGCGACGUGGCGCGAGCUGGAGGCGGCGGCGGAGGGGAGACGCGAGACGACGGACGCGGAGCGCGCGGACGCGCGCGCGGAAACGCGGACGUUCGACGCGGAGGGAACGCCGAGGUUGAAAUUGUAUCGCGACAGCGCGUCGUGGUGCCCGUAUUCUCAAAAGAUUUGGAUGCAGCUGGAGGAGAAGCGGAUCCCGUACGCGCUCGAACGCAUCAACAUGCGCUGUUACGGCGCGAAGCCGCGCAGUUUUACGGCCAAGGUGCCGUCCGGGGCGCUGCCAGUGAUUGAACUCGACGGUCAGACGAUCACGGAAUCGAGCGUGAUCGCGCAAGUGAUCGAACAGGAGUUUACCGAGCACAAGAGCUUGCUACCGUACGCCCCGGGGAGCGCCGAAGGUUCUCGAGCGACGAAGCUCAUGCGACUGGAACGAACGCUCUUUUCGAGAUGGAUGCAAUGGAUCACGAGUUCGUGGUCGGACGCCACGGCGCAAAGCGAGUACUGUCAAGUUUUGGACGAGGUUGACGCAGAGCUCGCGGCGAACGGUGGAGGGGCGUACUUUAUGGGAGAAGAGUUCACCCUCGUCGACAUCGCGUUCGCGCCGUUUCUCGAACGCAUGGCGGCGAGCAUCUUGUACUACAAGGGCGUGAAGAUUGAAGGAAACGGCGGUCGAUGGCCGAACGUCGACAGAUGGUUCGCCGCGAUAUCGCAACGCAAAUCGUACGCGGGCAUCAAGAGUGAUUACUACACCACCGCGCACGAUUUGCCGCCGCAGCUGGGAGGAUGCGCCGAAAACGGCGACAACGCCGAAGCACGCGACGCCAUCGACGGCGUCGAUGGCGUCAAUUGGCGUUUGCCUCUCGGACCAUUGGACGAAAACAGUUUAGAACCUUGGUGGGGCGUCGAUGAUCCUCGCGCAGCUCGCGUCGAGGCUGCCCUGCGCGUCAUCGGCAAUCGCGAAAACGUCGUUCGAUUCGCCGCGCGCGGUUGCGGCGAAGCGGGCCAGCCCGCUUACUCGGCGCCCGGCGCCUCGUCCUUUUCCGCGGCUCCGACCAUCGCGUCGUUGGCUUACCUGCGAGACCGAAUCGGUGUCCCACGAGACAUGAGCUACCCAGCAGCGCGUCAAUUCAGAGCCUACUUGAACUGGGCGAUCGAUAGCCUAGCCGCGCUUUAA